UGUCUUCAACCAGCCAUGAUACUCCAGACUGCUGUUCUCAGUGCGUUCCUCUGCUCUGUCUACAGCUUCACUAUACAGGCUUCACUGGAAAAGACAGAUGAAUACUCUGGCAACACCAUUGCAGAUGAUGAAUUCAGCGUUUCCACACUGUUAGAGAAGGCCAAUUCUAAUAUUGGAAAGAACUUGGAUGAGCCUCUGGUGAUAUUUGGAGACAUAGCAGUGCCAACAGGUCUACAAAAUGCUGAUCCCUGCACAGCACGCGGCUGCCUGUGGCCUAAAUCCUCUGAUGGCAAUGUGUAUGUACCGUACCGCAUCUCAGGACAAUACUCCCAAAGAGAGAGAGAUACCAUUAUUGAUGGUCUGCGUUCAUUUGCUCAAUCUACCUGCAUCCGAUUCACUCCCCUGCAGAGGCAGAGGGACUUUGUGGACAUCAAGUCUCUGUCAGGGUGUUACUCAUAUGUUGGGCGUCGUGGUAAUGGCCAGACGGUGUCUUUGAGUCGCCGGGGGUGUGUCUUCCGUUCAGUUAUCCAACAUGAGCUGCUCCAUGCCAUUGGCUUCAACCAUGAGCAGACCCGUUCUGACAGGGAUGAGCAUGUUCGUAUCCAGUUGCAGAACGUAAUUCCAGGAAUGGAGCAUAAUUUCAGGAAGAUCCAAACAAGGAACCUUGGUACUGCCUAUGACUACAACUCUAUCAUGCACUAUACAAGGUAUGCUUUCUCCAGGAACAGGGAGCCAACCAUCGUUCCAAUCCCUGACGCCAAUGUAGCCAUUGGCAGGGCCAGCCAGAUGAGUCCCACUGACAUCGUUCGAGUGAACCGCCUUUAUCAAUGCAAUUCAACUGUCUCCAGACCUGGUGUGCAACCUGUGCAGAGAGACCAUUUGAAAUUAAAGAAAUGAAGCGGAAAGGAAGACUGAUGCAGCUUUUAUCUGCAAGCAAACAGUGAAGUUUGUGCUUUGUGAUGAACAUGCUUUGAGUCAGAAAAUCUAAUCAUAGCUUUUGUGCUGUUCCAAUAAGAAAUGAAGAGUAGCAGCUUUCCAGUGUUACCAUUAUAUUUACCCUUAAAUGAAAAACUGCUAGCCAACUUGAUUGAAUGCAAAAAAAUAUUAA